CGCAGUGUCACUGUAGAUUCACUGAUUCUAUAAUUCCGGAACCAGAAGUCCCAUCAUGCCAGCUCCUUCUUCUCUCCCCCUAAACCCCACUCGUCAGUUUGUCUGCAUUCCUAAAACCUAACCUUUAUUUUCUUCCAUCGUCAUUCUACUAUCCUCAGAAUCCCUCUGUUCUGUUUGUCCGCUUCAUCUGCUUCUUCUUUCAUGUGUUCAGUUGAGAACUUGACAAUUUUAGCGAGGGGAAGCAGAAGCAGAAGCAGAAGAGAAUGUCUGACAGUAAAGGGGCUUUUCUGAACGACGAGCUCUCGAAGCACACCUCAAUUUUUGGUCUUCGCUUGUGGGUCAUUCUGGGUAUAAGCGUAGGAGCUGCCAUUGUUCUUGUUCUGUUUCUCAUAUCCCUUUGGUUCACCUCAAGACGCAACAAGUCCCUUAUCAAAUCCGCAAUUCCUAAUGUUUCCAAAGAGAUACAAGAGAUCCGAAUCGACCAUUCUCGCGACCAAGCCCACCCUCAUCCAGACUCCAAGUCGGGCCAAACUCAAAUCACAAAUCCGUUGCCGGAGUCGGACCCAUUUGCCGGGGCCGACCGGCAAGCUUUGCCCCUUCCGCUCGAGGACGAGGGGCAAGUGGGUUUGCACAGAAUACAUGUUGAGAUCGGGAAGGAUCACCGGAUUUCGUACCCGGAACGCUGCGGCGGCAGCGGCGGCGGAGGGUCCUUGCACGGCAGUGGAGAGUCUCGGUCCGGUGAUCAGGUGACCAUAGCUGUUCCUGAGGUCUCGCAUUUGGGUUGGGGACAUUGGUAUACGCUCAGGGAGCUUGAGAGCUCCACGAAUGGGUUUUCUGAUGAGAAUGUGAUUGGUGAGGGUGGGUAUGGAAUUGUUUACCGCGGUGUACUGGAGGACAAUACGAAGGUGGCUAUCAAAAACUUGCUCAACAACAGGGGACAAGCUGAAAAGGAGUUUAAGGUUGAAGUCGAAGCCAUUGGGCGUGUUCGGCAUAAAAAUUUGGUCAGGUUACUAGGCUACUGUGCUGAAGGAGCCCAUAGGAUGCUUGUGUAUGAGUAUGUAGACAAUGGGAACUUGGAGCAGUGGCUUCAUGGAGAUGUAGGGCCUUACAGCCCUCUAACUUGGGAUAUUCGUAUGAACAUUAUGAUUGGAACAGCAAAAGGGUUGACUUACCUGCAUGAGGGGCUUGAACCAAAGGUUGUUCACCGUGAUGUUAAGUCGAGCAACAUUUUGCUCGAUAAGCAAUGGAAUCCCAAAGUAUCUGACUUUGGCCUAGCCAAACUCUUGGGCUCAGAGAGGAGUUAUGUGACAACUCGAGUCAUGGGAACAUUUGGCUAUGUUGCUCCAGAAUAUGCAAGUACUGGCAUGUUGAAUGAGAGAAGUGAUGUGUAUGGUUUUGGAAUUCUUCUUAUGGAAAUAAUUUCUGGGAGGAACCCAGUGGAUUAUAGCCGCCCUCCUGGAGAGGUGAACCUAGUUGAGUGGCUUAAAAUGAUGGUUACAAACCGGAAUGCAGAGGGAGUGUUGGAUCCUAAGAUGCCUGAGAAGCCUUCUUCAAGGGCAUUGAAGCGGGCACUUUUAGUAGCCCUACGCUGUGUUGAUCCAAAUGCUCAAAAGAGGCCAAAGAUGGGGCACGUUAUACAUAUGCUUGAAACUGAUGAUUUCCCCUUUCGAGAGGAUCGUAAAGCUGCACGGGAAAAUGGACACUCACAACGUGAUAUUGUGAAGGAGAGGUUGAUGGAAAAACGUAUGAUUGAAUCAGGUGACAGUAGCGGGUAUGAAAGCGGUGCCCAAACGAACAGGUCGUUGUGGAGAAAGCAAGAUCCUGAAGAACAAAAGUAGUCUCGCCAAGCUCAUGUAAAAGGUGGAUUGACUCUCAUAUUUUAUUUUAUUUUUUAAAUGAAAAAGCUUUCCAUUUGUUUCCAUCCACAACUGGGUAUCCAAACUUCAUUCUUGUCAUCUGUAUAUGUUGUUUGCAUUAAUAUGAGAAUCUGCAUUAUUUGUAGAUCUGAUAUCACGUGUCAUUCUCUGUACACCAUUUGUUUAUUUUAUAAAAAUCGAAGAAUUAUGGUUUCCUGUAUCAA